UGGAGGCUGGGACCCUAUAUCACCGUUCUCUUUGCACUGGCCAAAAGGGAGGUCCUUUUGCAAUAUAAGAAAAGAAGAAGCCAGAUUGAUAAAGGAAGUGCUGGUCACUCUGGGGCUGCAGAAUUGAGGAAGGUUCCCACCCUUCCUCCGCCUUCUGAAGGAGCUUGAUGGUUCCUCUCCUGCAGCCCAGACUUCCCUGAGGUGGUGCCUCCUAGGGCCUCCCCUCUGGCCUUGAGGUCUGUGCUUGUCUUCUCAUCUCCCUGGAGGAGAGCAAGGUGAUGAGUCUGCCCCUGCUGCUGCCCCUGCUGCUGCUGCCAGCGUUUCUGCAGAAUGGCAGCUCGACAAAGUGCAAUUCAGACGCUCGGUAUGAGGUCAACCAACCAAAGUGGCUCUCAGCCCCCGAGGGUGGCUCCAUCCACAUCCCCUUCUCCUUCUGUCACCCCUGGGAGUCAGCCAGUGUUCUCAGUGUGCGUAUAACCUGGAGAUGGAAAGAUUUCCAUGGGGCGUUCAUCUACAACACGACCCCGCAUUUCAUCCAUACGGAUUUCCAGAACCGGCUCUUCCUGAAUUGGACAGAGAGCUGGGAGAACGGCUACCUCCAGAUCUCUAACCUGCGGAAGGAAGACGAGAGUCUGUACUUCUGCCGAGUCUAUUUGACCCUCAAGAAACAUGAGGAGGAGGUGUGGCAGUCCAUCCCUGGGACCAGACUCACCAUCACCCGAGCCCCCAAGAAAACCACCCAAGUGCCCACCACCGCCUCCGCCAGUACCACAGCCACCAAAAAGAGCUCUUGGCCCCUGCCUCUAGGAGCUAUAGUCGGGGUGGCACUGGUUGGUGCUGUGCUUGGAAUCGCGAUUCUGGGAGCAAUGGUCUACCUCAGGUGGAAGAGAAGCAAAG